AUAUAUAUAUAUAUAUAUAUUAAAUAACGAAUGAUAAGCAUAACUAAUAUUUAAAUAGUAUCAUAUUUGUGAAUUGUCAAAUGAUCACUUAAUAUAGUACAGUAGUUUUUAUUAGUGAAUUAAAUAUUUAGCAGAAUGUCGACAUUAGGAAUGUAUGAAUUAACUCAUCCUGAAUCAUUGUCAGAUUCUCAACUUAAGGAAAUUUUAGAAAAUAGAUGUAUUGACUUCAGUGACUAUAAAAAUUUAUCUAGAUUUGAAUUAAUAGAACUAUAUAAACGGGUGGCAUUACCAUUACCUCAAAGACAUUCUGAAAGUACGCAAAAUUCAGAAAUAAAAGGACAUAAUGAAGCAAUACAUUUUGAUAAUGAAUUAUAUAGAAAUUCAAUUUCAUUGAAUGGUACAAAUAGUACAAAAAUAUAUAUUAAUGAAAUAACAAAAAUGCCUGAAUCUUCUUAUAUGAAAUCAAAAUCUUCUACAAAUGAAAUUAAACAAACUUCUAAGAAAAUAUGUUUGAAUAAUUCAAAUAAUUUUACAAAAUGUAAUGGUAUUGACAAACAUGUUAAUGAUGAAAAAUAUGAUGGAGCACCAUCAAAGAAAAGACAGAAAAUUACAUGGCCAUAAUUUUGGAAAAUGCACAUUUAUUUAUAUUAUUAAUUACUUAAUAAAACAAGAUAUCUAUAAAAUUUUAUAUAAAAAAAUUUAUAUCAACAAAAAUAUAUAAGCGAAUAAUUAUUGUGUUGGCGAUUGGUGUGAUUGCAAUAUGCAAAGGAUCUGCAGUUCCUCUACCAGCCGUGCCAGUGGCCAAACUCGCAUCCGUGAAUCCAGAAUUUAAUUAUGAUCCUCAUCCACAGUACACUUAUGCUUACGAUGUUCAAGAUAGUUUAACAGGUGACUCGAAAUCCCAGCAAGAAACCAGAAAUGGCGAUAUAGUGAGCGGUAGUUAUAGUUUUAUUGAAGCUGAUGGUACUAGAAGGAUUGUCGAAUAUACAGCGGAUCCUGUGAAUGGAUUCAAUGCGGUUGUUCAUA